AUGGAAGAUCUCAUUCAACACACAAGUUCCAGUCAUUCGUCAUCUAUUCCAUCCGAUCAAAUCGCGUCGCUUGUUGACAUGUGCAAAAAGUCCACACCUACGCAAAUUUCACAGUGCCCUUUGUGCAACUGGCCAGAGAAAGGAGAGGAGGUCGAGAAAGAUGCGUUACUCAACCACAUUGCAAAGGAAAUUCAUUCUUUCUCGCUCAGGGCACUACCAUGGGCUGAUGAUCAUGGUGAAGAAAGCCAGGAGAGAAUACAUAAUAGUUCCCGAAGAGUCCAAAAUUGGCUGUUUGGCCGUGACUCUCAACAAACGAAUAGCCAAGAAACACCGUCAUUUGCAAAGACAGCCUCAGGACCGGAGUAUUUUGAGCAGAACUCUUACUUUGCAGGAAGCUCCAGAGACUCGUCCUCGAGCGAGCCUGAUUCUGAUGGAUCCAGACAAUUAGAGCUAGAAGAAUUGAGAAAGAACGGGGAAUUGGGGGCCGACGAAUCGCACCAGGAUGAUGAAGCACAAUCUGCAGGGCAAAAGACCCAGCAUGAUGAAGGUCUAGGCAGUUCAGCUGAUUCGAAUCUGUCGGGCGACCUCAAACCACCACCCGACUUGCAACAAUUCAAAACUCCGCGAGAGAAGAUCAACGCGUUGAUCGCAUGGUUUGACCAAGUGAUGAUCCCGCGUUGUGAGCAAUAUGUUGCGGAGCCGCCAGGCGACUCGGAAACGCAGUACGAUGAAUAUAGAAAGCUCAGAGAGGCAAUUUUCACACAUGUCCUGGGAAGAGCGGAUGAAAUUAAACCAGACGAGAAAUACAGUCUCCGUCGUGAUCGCCGUAUUCUCUUGGAGAGAGUAAAAAAGACCCUGACCAAUCUGGAAUCCACAGUUGAUGAAAAACACAAGGCGGACGAGCAGUGCCCUCAUCCUGAAUGUGCUGGACAUGCCUUCAAAGACCUGAAAGCCCACAUGCUCACUCACCAGGUCGACAGGCCAGAAAAGUGUCCGGUUGUGACCUGCGAGUACCAUGUCAAAGGCUUUUCUCGCAAAUACGACUGUAACCGCCACGCUCUGACCCACUAUAAAGGCACGAUUGUCUGCGGUUUCUGCUCCCCAGCCGAAACUCUAGUGAAGAAGGUUUUCGAGCGUGUCGAUGUGUUCAAGCGCCAUCUUAUCUCUGUUCACGAUGUGGAGCACACCCCACCAAACUCCCGCAAAGACGUGCUCAACAAAGGUCUUAAAUUCGCGAGCGAUGCUACUGGCAAGUGCUCUAUUUGCUCAAUGACAUUCAGCAAUGCCCAGGAUUUCUACGAGCAUCUGGACGAGUGUGGCCUGCGCGCAGUGCAAAAGCAGUCUAAUGGCGCCGAGAUCGUUCCUUCUUACGAUGCCGAAGCCGAUGCAGAUACCAUAUCCUUUGCCCUAGACCAUGAUCAAACCAUCUACAACAGAGUGCUCAUUCAGAUUCUCCCGGCUCUAUCCGGCAACGAGAUCCUCCUUUUACACCAGGCAUACAAAGACCGCGUGAAGUUGGACGGCAAGGGCGUCAGCCUCGCUAAACACCUCCAACAGAAAUUAGGCACUUCCAGCUUUGGUAAGGUUUGCCAUGCUACUGCCCUGGGGCGCUGGGAAUCAGAGGCAUACUGGAUAAGUCGUUAUUACGAAGAAAGCCCCUAUCGUCGUGAACUACUCAUUGAAACCCUAGUCGGACGCUCAAAUAACGCAGUUCGCCAGAUUAAGGAGUGCUUUCGGAAUCCUCAGUACCAAAGUACUCUAGAGCACUCGGUGCGCUCUAAACUCCGUGAGGGCAAUUUCCAAAAGGCUGUAUUGCUUGUACUGGAAGAACGACGCCAGGACGAUAAUGAGCUAUAUGAUCCGAGACUUGUGGAUCAAGAUGUCACGGAUUUGUAUCAUGCACUGCACUCUCACGAGGACGGAGAGACUGCCAUGAUCAAUAUUAUUGUUACUCGAAGUAACACUCAUCUACGUGUGAUGCUAAACAUGUAUGAGAGAAACCAUGGGGAGAUUCUCAUGGUAGCCAUUCGUGCUAAGUCAAACAAUCUAGUGGGAGAAGUUCUCACCCACAUCCUCAAUGGCGCAAUCAACAGACCUCGGCGUGACGCCGUUCUUCUUUAUCAAGCUAUCCGCGAACCGCCCACUUCUGACUAUCGAUCCGACCUCAUAAUUUCACGUCUGGUUCGGCUCCACUGGGAACCACAGCAUUUGGAACAGGUGAAGAAUGAAUAUAGCAGGCGAUACCAGGAGCUUGUUGAGGAGGCCAUUGCGGAGCAGCUGGCAUCACCCGAAGAGAGAGAUUGGCGGGACUUUUGUAUUGAGCUUGUGCGUAGCUCAGCUGCUAGUAAGUGA